AUGCACCAAGACCCACCACCAUACAUCCUCGCCUGCAAGGCAUGUCGCGCACUGAAAGUACGAUGUAUGCGGACAGGACCCGAGACCGACCCAUGCCAGCGCUGCGCUCGUAUCAAGCACCCGUGCGUCCCGCAGCCUGCAUCACGACGCGGCCGCCCGCCAAAAUCUGUUUCUGGCAAGCGAGAAGGAGCGGAAAGUGUCAAGGGCGAGCCGUACUUGCGGCGCUUCAGCUCCUCGGCGGGCGGCGGCAGCAGCAGCGGGGCAGGAGCAGGAGCAGGAGCAGCAACCCAAGCGACGGGGUCAGGAUCAUCAGCAGCAACGACCAGCAACAACACCAACGGCGGCGGCACACGUGGCGAGACGGACACUCGCGACUUUCUCGCGCAGAGCCUCAUUGCUCUUGCAGAAGGUGCGGCAGGGACAGGCUCUGGUUCCACGUCGGCGUCGACCUCGGCCCCCAUCUCUGCCGCUGAAGGCGCGCCAGCACGUCUGCCCCGCCCCAUGGGUUCGGCACUGUACCCACCUCCCAGACAACCCCAUCGCACAAAUUCGUCCAACAGCGACACGGACGCGACCACACAGCACACCGAGAUGGAGACGGACGACCUGCCAGAGACCUCGGACGCGCUCGUCCCGGCCCCCGUCGACGUCGAGACGGACGCCAUGGAGACGAGCCAGGCGCGCGCACAUAUCCGCAUGGCAGACUACAUCGACCGCUGGGACCGGUUCACGGCCGUGGACAAUACCGAGUCCGACUUUCGCGACUUUAGCGUCUACCCGCCCAUGACGCAGACGGGCGCCAUGGCCGCCAUCAUGGCGCGCGGACCGCGCGUGACGGGCACGCCGGGUGGGUCGGGCCCAGCGAGGGAGCGGCAUGAAAAGUUCCAGCUCGAGGAUCCAGUGCACCUCGGCAUUGUGUCCCUCGUCGAGGCAGAAAACCUCGUGCAGCUCUUCCACCGCAAGCUCAACAUCCAGAUUGCGCUGCUCGAGCCCAAACUCCACACCACAGACUACCUCCGGCGCCGCUCAUCGGUGCUGUUUACCGCCGUGCUCGCUGCCGCGUCCAAAUUUUACCAAAAGGGCGUGUACCCGACGCUGCUCUCGCACGCCAACACCAUUGCGUCGCGCGCCCUCUGGGCCGCGGGAGAGGACACGGCGCUCGUCCAGGCCGUUCUCGUGCUGGUGUACUGGAAGCAGCCGACAGACACGGGCGCCUGGGGCAAGAUUGGCUGGGCGGUGCGGAUGGGCCUGCAGUUCCACUGGGACGACGUGAGGAAGCGGCCGCUCCCUGCGGACAGGAUACAGGCGCUGGAAGUACUGGACGCGGAACGGACGUGGGUUCUGCUGUAUUGCUUUGACCGCGGAUACUCGCACACAUUCGACCUGCCGCCGACCAUGCAGCCGCACCACGUCGGGGACGUGCAGGCGUGGGCGCUCGACCACCCGAACCACUACAACCAGGCCGACCUGCAUCUGGCCGCCGUCAUCGAAUCCAUGAGCCUGCGAGAACACUGGGAAUUGUUCGUCCGCCAGGGCCACCCUGGCACAUACUCUGCGUACCAGCACGUGGUGCUUGCCGAUUUCGAGUCGCGCGCCACCGCCCUGAUUGACAAGUGGUUUGGCAACCGGCGUCCGGCGGCGCUGUCCGGGUUUGUGGUGCACGACGACCUGCGCACGAAAUGGGUCAUGCUCGAGCUCGUGGUCGCGACGAAACGGUACGCGCUGCGCGCGUCGCACAACUCGGCCAUGGACGUCGACAGCCUCCUGCUCGUCGUUUCGGAGAUGGUGUCCAUCAUCGAGACGCUCGCGCACAACGGCACGCUGCGCAUCCUGCAAGACCUGGCAUCGACGUCGGCGUCCGUCUUGGCCAUCUACCUGAAAAAGAUGUUUCCGACGUUUACACGCGGACAGCAAGGGGCCGUCGCGUCGCUGCUCAUGCGCGUCAUGGCAGCGUACGAAAAGGCCAGUGGCGGAGAGACGGACGUGCCUACUGCCUUUGUCGUCCGCUUCAUCCGCCGCGUGCUCGCGCACCUCGGCCAGGUGUUUGAGCAAGGCACGCAGCAGCAUGCGCAUGCGGCGGGGGCGGGGGCGGGGGCAGCCAAGAACGAUCCCACGAUGACGACCGGGUUCACCCCGCUCGCGCUGAGCACGCUCGACGUGGGCAGCAUGACCGGCGCGAGUGCGAGCGGAGCUGGAGGAAGCGGGAGCAGCGGGACCGACACGAUCGACGCGCUCCUCGCCGAACUGGGCGCGUUCGCCAACCCGGCCCCCGAGUUUGACUUUACCGCGCUCGACGACCAGUACUGGUCGGCCCUGUUCCCGAGCGACACGAUCGUGACCUCGGCCGACUUUUUGACGCCACAGAGCGGCAUGGGCCUCGACAGCAACAUUGCGUUUGGCGGGGGCAGCACGCCGUCGGGGACGGGGCACGGCGCGGGCACAGGCGCGUUUGGCGCGGGCGGAGGAGGCAUGGAUCUCGCAAUGGGCCACAUGGGCCCGCCGCAGUCGGCAAGUGGCAGCAGCAGUGCCAGCGGGGGGAUGUGGUCGUGGGCAACCCAGAGCCAGACCCACGGCCACGGCCACGGCCAUGGCCAUGGGCAAGGGUCGGGGCACGGGCAGGUGGGUGCCGAUGGCAGUUUGGGAUACCGCCGCACCAACCGUGUCGUGUAA